UUGUUUUAGUGUGUCAGCAUAAAUAUCGAAAAAGUGGCUAGAAAUUAACUCGUUCUAACAAGUGGAGGAAACAGAAGAUGCUGUGACGGUUUUAAAAAAAACAUGGUUCAAGAUCCAAGUGCAAUAUUAGUGGAAUGUGAUACUGACUCAUUGGACUUAAAGCUGCAGUAUAUGGCAAGACGUUGCCAAAUGUCCUGUUGCUACAGGGCACAAUUGCAAUUAAAAGGAUCUUGUAUUUUAAAAAAAUGUAAUUUUUAUAAAAAACAAAACAAAAGAUUUUUGUUUUCAUUCAAGAUUUUUCAUUUUUACUUUGGUAAACUUUUUCACUGGUCCUGAAAAUGUUUUGAGGAGCUAUUGUAAGUCCCCCCUUCCUCUCUUGAACCCCCGACUGUGCCCUUCUACCCAACUUCAUAUUCUUUCUACAACGAGUAACUCUUGAUGCUGGAUAAUUCUUCCCCCCUGUACUGUAAAUUGUCAUCUAUGGAAUACCUUCCGAAGGAAGCAUGCAUUUCCUGCAUUCAUACCAUUCUCAACUCCAUUCUGUAAUAUAUUGCAGCUUUACUAGCAAUUAAUAAAGAGUUGAGGGUUUUUUAAAAAAGACAUAUCAUUGAGAAAAAAAAAAAAAAGAUAAAUCGAUUUCUAACGGUGAACUCAUCUAACUCCAUGAUCACUGCUGCUGUCCUAUAAAAGUCCCUCUAGUUGUGAUUGGAUGUAGAUGAUGAAUGUUAAGAGGUUGCAAGUGACAAUCUGAAAAUUUGCACUCUUGUGUGUAUUUAUUUUGUUUUCCUUAAUUUAAACAAAAUUCUUACGGAGGAAGGUCAUUGACACUUCUGGUAUGAUUUGUAUAAUUCCCAGGCCUAGCUAAAACCUGUACAAAACUGUAAAUGGAUGCAGCUGCAACUAUAAUAAAACUCUUCUUUCCCCUCCCCCACUCUUCCCAACCCCUCUAUUUCUUAUUUUAUAAUAUUGAUUACACAUUAAUGGUGUUUUCUUUGUGCACUACGGCAGGCUUAUUUUUAAGUAUAUAGAAAAAAGUACUUUAGUUUAUGCUUACUGUACUAUCUGUUCUGUUGUUUAGCUUUUGUUGAAUAACAAGUUUCUUGUGCAUUCCUAAAUUUGCCUUAUUUCAUGUACAAAAUUUUAUGUAAUUCCGUUUUUGACAAUGAGUUUAAGGCAUCAGUGAUAUUUUAUAUCUACUUGUUACAUAUAGUUUUCCAAGUAAUGACUGUGAUUGUGACCAAGUAAUGUGCACUUUUUCUUGUAACUGUGGACAUUGCUAUGCUUUUUUUUCUCUAGUGUUUCUAGAAUUACUGUUGCUUACAGUUAUGUAAAAGAAAAAGAACUUUUGUGAUACUGUUGGUGAAUAUUAAUGUGAAAAAGCCUAUGAAAUAUGAGUAUUUUGGAGGUACAUAGAUACACAAACAUCUCUAAGUUGUGGACUGAUGUUCACAUAUUUAAAUGAGAAUUCAAAACCUGAGGGCUGGAAUCAUUUCCUCUGUUUUGUUUGGGUAAAUAAACAGAUUUCUGUGUUUAAAUA